AUGGAAAAUCCAAAUGAAACACUUGCUACUCUGUUAAAUGCACCUAUACAUGCUGAUUAUGCUGAUUAUUUCAAUUCAUCACAUUUACAAUAUCAUCAUCAUCAUUAUUUUCAUAAUGCUAAUCGAAUGUAUCAAACACCAACAGCCUCUUAUUUUACAGCUGAACAGUUUGAUACUCAACAACAACAACAACAACAACAAUUAACAACUGAUCAUCAUCAACUUUAUUCAUCCCCAACAACAAAUUCAAAUUAUCUUACACAUCAUCCAUCAGUUGAUAUUUAUCAUUCACAAUAUCAACCAACAUCAUCAUCAACAUUAUUAACACAUUUACCAACAUAUGAAACUUAUGCAUCACCAACUAUUUUAACUAAUCUUGAACAACAACAACAAAAACCUAAUAUUAUUAAAUAUGAAUCAAAUAAUGAUUUAACAAAUCAUAUAAGUGAACAAAGUGCUGAUGAAGAUAUUGCUUGUAAUGAUGAUGAUAAAAAAUCUUCAAAUAAAAAAUCUAAAUGUAAUAAUUCAAAUGGAAAUAAUCCAAAUGGUCGACAACGUCGACAACGUACACAUUUUUCUAGUCAACAAUUAACACAACUAGAGCAAACAUUUACGAUUAAUCGUUAUCCGGAUUUAGCAACACGUGAAGAUAUUGCAGCAAUGACUAAUUUAACUGAAGCUAAAGUUCGUGUGUGGUUUAAAAAUCGUCGAGCUAAAUGGCGUAAACGUGAAAGAAAUAUGGAUCAUUUAAGAAAUUUUUCUCAUAUUGUUCCUCCAUUUGAUAUGUAUACACAUCAUCAAGCACCACCAUCAUUUAUGUCAACAUAUCCAACAAAUACAAAUUGGGAUACAACUAAAUCUCCUACAAGUCCAAAAUCUUCAUCUCAAUCAUCACCAAAUCCAAAUCCGACAAGUUCAUAUCAAACAACAACUAAUCCAUGGACACUUCCAUCAAUGAAUUCAUUAACUCAACCAUUACCUAUAACAAAUAAUUAUAGUGAUACAACAUUACCAGCACCACCAAAUACUACUAUAACAUCAUCAUCAUAUUAUUCAUUAUCGGAUACAAAUCCGAAUAUUUAUACACAUAAUACAAAUCUUAUUGAACCAUUAACAUCACAUCCACUAACACAAGUUCUUAAAAAUAAAGCAAAACAAAAUAGUUCUAGUUUUCAAUUAUAUGAAAGUUCGACAACAACACAGAAUGGAUUUUAUUCCGAACCAAAUUGA